AACAACUUCAUGUGAUUUUAGUAUCCAUGCAAUAAUUUCCAUUGCAAACAGGACGAAUCCAUCAAACUGAACUCUUAUGAGAUUUUGGUGUCCUUCAUGCAGUCUGCUUUUACCAGAGAAUCUCUUCCGGUCAUAAACAGGACAGGAGAUGAAGUAUUUUCCGGUUCGACAUAUAAGCGUGGAGAGGUUGAAGCUGUUGUGAUUGCCACUAGUGUUCGCUCUUUCUUUGGGAAAACAUCACAUUUAGCAGACUCCAUUGAAGUGGUCGGACAUUUCCAGAAGAAAUCCUUUCCAUUGACUGAAGAAGAGUAUCUACUGAGGCUUGAUGAUGUUGCAAACACAUUGAAAUGCUGGGGAGCUGUCUCACAUAUUCGGAAUAGGCUCGCCAAAUUGAAGGAGCGGCCUCGGACAGGAAAGGAGGAUAGGUUUUUCAAUGAUAUGCCUACCACAUCGCAUAAGAGUAAUGCAGGACUACCCAUUUUUGGAGGUUUGUGUCCUUAUCUCACAUAUGAUGCUCUUGUGCAUCUUUGGAGGGACAACAUGUCUAAUUUUGUUUUAGAUCUGUCACACAAGAAAUGGUUAUAAUAAGCGUGGAUGGUUCUGUACUUGAUCUAAUAUCCAAAAUUAUGUUGUAUCUUUGCCUUGGAUC